AUGUCAGGGAAAGAGCAAAAAGGGGACAAAAGGGACAGUGGGGAGAACCAUGAACUCUACAGGAACCACGGACAGAGAAAAAGCAGGACAGAAAGGAAACGGCCCCCAGAGAGGGGCGGGGGGGGCAACUGGAUCCUGUACCGGGGGCAGCGCACGCCCCCCGACUCCCAGCGGCCCCAGGCGCUGAGCGGGGCCGUCCUGCAGGUGAAGCUCACCCAGGAGGUGCGGGUCCACCUCCUCGAGCAGCUCUCGGGCCUGCAGAGCAAGCAGCAGCGUGACGUCGAGCUGCUGGAGGACAUCAGGUCCUACAGCAAGCAGAGGGCUGCCAUCGACAGGGAGUACGGGCAGGCGCUGCAGAGGCUGGCGAGCCAGUUCAUGAAGAGAGACUGGCAGCGGGGCCGCAGCGAGGCCGGCGACUCGAGGAGUGUGGCCGCUGUCUGGAAGGGUGUCAUAGAGGGGACCGCGCACGCCGGGCAGGUCCGUGUCACCGCCUCAGAGAGCUACCGUGCCCUCGCCACGGAGGCUGCCCGGACCGCCCGCCUCUCCAAGGAGAGGAUGCUCAAGAAGGGCAUAGAGCGGCUGCAGAAGGCACAAGCAGAGCUGCUGGAGACAGUGAAGGAGCUGGACAAGGCAAAGAAGCAGUUCACCCACCUCCAGAGGAGCAGUGAGGUGGCCAAGGACAAGGCGGCUGACGUGGAGGCUCGGCUCCAGAAGAGUGACCGGAGGAUAUUUCACACCAAGGCUAGCCUGCAAAAACUCAGCGCCAAGUUCUUGUCACGGGUGGCUGAGCACUCAAGGCAGCUGGUGGGGGUACAGAACGAGUAUGGCUUUGCCCUGGUGUCUGCCACCUCCCACUUGGAGCAUUACCGGCGGGUGGAGCUGCCCGCUGCCAUGCAGGCCCUGGAUGGUGACCUCUACGAGCGGCUGCGGGAGCACCUGUCAGUAGCCAGCCAGACGGAGGUGGAGACCUCCCGGGCCACGCGGGACUGGUUCCAGGGCAUCGCGGAGGCGUCCACGCGGGUGUGCCGGGAGCAGGACCUACUCCUCUUCCUGCAGGACCACCCCGCCUUCGCCCUGGCCUCCGAACAGCGCUUCCAGCUCACCGGGGUGGAGGAGGUGUGCCUGCUGCCACCGGGGGAUGAUGGGGCCAGCCUGGAGAAGGAGGCACGGCGCUGGGCCACGCGGGUGGCUCGGGACUGCAAAAACAAGGCGCACAGUGAGGAGGUGCUGCAGAGGCUGGAGUCCAGGCGGCAGCAGGUCCCAGAGGUGGAGGCAGCCACCAUGGAGCGACAGAUGGAAGAAGCGAGGGAAAACAUCCGGAAGGCAGAGGUCAGCCGGGUGAAGGCAGAAGCACGGCUGGCGCUGCUGCGGGCAGCGGGGCUGGACGUGGACACUUGGCUGGCGGGGGCCAUGGUGGGAGCAGGCGAGGCGGCACCUGCAGGGCUGGAUCUGUCUGAGUUUGACGACUAUGAGGACAGUGAUGAGCCAGAUGAGGACAAUGAGCCUGGCCCUACUGCCCGCACCUACCCCUACACCUGCAGGGUGAUCUUUGGAUACCAGGGCUGCCAGGCAGAUGAACUGUCCAUCACCCAGGGUGAGGAGCUGGAGAUCAUCGAGGAUGGUGAUGCAGAGGAGUGGGUGAAGGCUCGAAACAAGGUGGGCCAAGUUGGCUAUGUCCCUGAAAAGUACCUGCUGUCCCUGGGUGGUGAGCUGGGGGAUGAGGCUGGCCCCCCAGGACCCUCUGCACUGCAUCGCCAGCUCUCCAGCAUCAUGGCUGCAGAACUGGUGCUGGAGCCUGGAGCCUGGCUGGUGCGAGCCCUGUACGACUACGAGGGGCAGAGCCCUGAGGAGCUGAGCUUCCCUGAGGGGGCCAUCAUCCGGGUGCUGCCCCGUGCCCCUGGUGAGGUGGAUGAUGGCUUCUGGAUGGGCGACUUCAACGGCCGCAUUGGCUGCUUCCCCUCCUUGGUGGUGGAGGAGCUAACUGGGGGCCAGGGGGCAGCUGGGCAGGAGCUGCCAUCACCAUCCCCACCACCCUUCUCCCCUCCUGGCCUUGUGCCCAGGACCAGCCUGGCACCCAGCCCCUCUCCUGAAAUGCCACUGGGAGGUUGCAGGCACGAUGGCACAGGCAGUGGUCAGAGCUCUCCAGACCUGGCAGCCACCCGCCUCCGGCCGCUCCGUGCGCCCCCCCCACCACCUGGCAGAGCCCCUGAGCCUGACCCUGAGCUGCACUUCAGCUGACGCUGCAGGUCCCCCAUCCCUCCCCGCUCCCCAGAAAGCUUCACCCAAGCAAGCUGCCAUGGGCUGCUGCCCCAGCAGCAGGGGCUGAUGCUGCCCCAGCAGCAGGGGCUGAUGCUGCCCCAUGCCCCGAGCUGGUCUCUCCAGGGGCCACAUCCUGCCCAGUGCUGCUUGCAGAGUGGUCCUGCAUCCCUACACAGCAUAGGGCAUCCUGGCAGCCCCUUUAUUGGGGUGCUCAGUGCCAUGGCUGGGCCCCGUCUCACCCAGCUCUUGACUGCACCUUCUGCCUGGCAUCACCUGUGCAACCCCAGUGCAGCCCUGGUUCCCUGGGGGGGGGCUCAGCCCCAGGGCCCUACCUGCCCCCCAGGCAUCUCCCCCCAGUCAGGAGUGGGCAAGCGGCGCGGGGGGCUGUGCCCCAAUAAAGCCAGUUGACUGCCGUGGGGUUCAGUAG